GCAGGGUCGAGGGAUGCUUUGGGGGGGAGAUGUGCCGGGCCAUCGCGUCGAUCCGGCGCGCGGCCCGCGGGCUCCUCCGCGCGGCGGAGGAGCUGCAGCUGCGGCCCUGCUGGAGGCCGUGGUUCCCGGCCGACCCUGCGCAGCGGGCCAUCAUCAACGCGCCGUGGGACUGGCUGGCGGAGAGGGCCAGCUGGGGAGGCAUCAACGACGGCGGUGCGGUUCGUCUCGGAGGAGGUCAGACGAUUGGCCGCGGCGCGUCGGAGAAGACGAAGGAGGGGGCUCGCGCGAUAAAGUCUGGCGAGAUGUGCGACUCGAUAGCGGAUCCAGUCUCGGCGCCAAGGUUCGGAAAGAAGGGCCUCGACGCGCGUCAUCUCUCCCCCGCGGCGCGGCCUUGCCUCGUCAACGCGGCGGGUCUCGCGCCGAGGUGCGACGUCGAGGUGAGCUGGGGCAAUAGCCGGCAAGCGAGGAGCUACAGCGAUCCUGGACGGAGGGCGAGGUCGAAUCGGUUGGCCCUGACAUUCAGGGCGCGGGGGGCGGGCGGGCUCGGCCACGCCGGCGAGGUUCAGGAUGCCACCGUGGACAAG